AUGGCGCUGACUUUCAGGAAUGGAUAUCUGGAGAUGCUGAGAACGUGUUGGAGAUUACAAGCACAUCAUGUUAAGAUUCCUGUUCUUAAUGAAAUGGGUAGGUUGUUGUCGACAAAUCUAAACUGGUCAAAUUGUUCGUGCAAUUGAUUAUAUCUGGAAUAGAGACAGCUAAGUUUGCACAUUAGCUAACCAUUAGCCGGUUAGGUUACAUCUGACAAGCUUGAUGAGUCUGUUGUGUUGAAAUCCAAAGGCAAAACAGCAGCUUUCAUUAAUGCGUCUCAUCUGUAUAAUAUUGGUCGCAAUUUAAUGUAUUGAGCAUCAUCUUGGUGUGUAAAUAAUUUAUAGCCAGUGAAUAGUUACACAACAAGCAUGUAUUUCAAACUGAAUGAAUAGGAUCAAUCUCCCUGAGGGAAAAAACUAACUGAAGAAUCUGUCAUUCAGGACUUCUGUGUCCUGCCCUAGCACGUCACCAAAGUUCUCAGAGCAUCAAAUUACCAUCAAGGUACAGUAUAUCCACUCAACUUCAUAAUGUUCAAUUAUUACGUAUUACUUCAUUCUCCAUAUUGAUUCUAGAUUACAAUUCUUACUGUGUGAUGUCUGAUCUCAAGUCAUUUAAAGAGAACGCCUUCACCCACACAAAAUAUGAUGGAAUAAAAAUAACGCAAUUUCGGCUCAUGUUCCCCAGCAGUUAUGUACCACAGACGUCCUUAUCCAGACCCUUGUGGCCAGAAGUGUCCUAUAUCACCCCUGAAGAAGAGGAGAGGCAGCACAAAGGUGUUUUGAUAAAGCAAUACCUACAUUAAACACACAUCAAAGACUAUUUACGAGAAAUAAUUGUCCUCUAAAACAUUUUAAUACCGGCCUAUUUUGGAGUGGAAGAUGGACAUAAAAUAUCAGCCUAGGGCUAAAUCAAUCUUUAGAUUCAGUGUUUUUGUAAUUUACUGUGUCUGAACGAUCACUCUCCCAUUGCCUUUCAGUGGUUGUAGAAAAUGUGAACACUCUUCUUGCAAAGGAAGACUAUGGAAGACUUUUUGCAGUUGUCCAUUUUGCAAGUCGACAGUGGAAAGUGACAAAUGAAGACCUGAUCUUAAUUGAAAACCACAUUGGUGCUGAAUGUGGUGACCGGAUUACUCUUGAGAAGGUCUGUGUGCUUUAUAUUCUUUGUGUUAUUACUAUUUGGAAAGGACACAUUUUCCACACUUGCCAUAUCUUUAUAGCCUGGUCCCAGAUCUUUUUAUGCUCUUACCAACUCCAUAGCUGUCAUUGUCAACCCAAACAUCUGUAAAUUAUUUUAUGGAUAUUACUAACUUACAGUUCUCAAAUAUAACAUAUAUUUUUGCUCGCCCUAUUUUUGGCACACAAAUAAGUCUGUUAACUGCAAUGUUGGUAGACCCUAGCAUCAAGUGUAGUGUUAUAGGCUACACUUUUAUUUAUGGACAAAAUACUUUCAUCUAAUAGGUGCUGCUGGUUGGUGGAGAAGAGUUCACACUGAUUGGGAGGCCCCUACUCGGGUAAGUUUUCUAGUUCUAUAUCAUCUCAACUGGGGGGGGGGAAUUAUGCAUGUUUGGGUUUUGAAUGUAUACAUUAAGGUGUAGAAAUAUGACAAAAUUGGAGCUGUAUAUUCUAACAGCCAUUUCCCCUCUUCUUUUCACAUGUAGUUGUGAUUUGGUCAGAGUAGAGGCAACUGUCAUUGAGAAGACUGAAUCCUGGCCAAAAGUUCAUAUGCGGUUCUGGAAAAGACACAGAUACCAGAAGAAAAGA